ACGUGCAGAUCUUGUCACGUAGCAGGACUUGCUCGUUUCUGCUGCCAAUCUACCGUCAGAUCGUACAGGUUCUGCUCGAUUUCUGCCGCCAAUCUACUCGAAUUGUCUGUUAGCAGGCUCUGUCACAUUUCUUGUAAGAACUAGAAACUCUAUUUCUUUCAGUCAAGACGCAUUUUGUUGAUUAUUUUCACGUUAAUGUGACAUUUCUGGCGACAAUUUGGCAAUAUAAUCAGAUAUAACAAAUCCUGUGUUGAAUUUGAUGCCUUUCUGGCAUCACAAAUUUGUAGCAGACUCUGUUCAAAAACUAUUUACGCAAAUUUGGCGAUCUGGAUAUAUAAACUUAUAUUAUAUGCCGAAACAUUAAAGCUCUAGGAAUUCUGAGCACUACGAUCUUUCUUACCUUCGUGCCUUAUUCAACGUACAAAUCCCACAACUUUAGUAAUUUUUCGAAUUUUUAAGAAUCUCUUUAGGAACACAUUUUCUACACUCAAAACUUUGAAAUGAAAUGCAAGAAAAGAGAAAUCGAUUUGUUUGACCUACCAAGAUGGACAGUUCCUUUAAACGACCUAUAAUUAGAAUCGUUACUUUACAGGAAAUCGCAUAUUCGCUUGUAAUAAAAAUUUAUCGACAUAUAUCCGCCAAGCGAGGUAAAUUUCAAACAAGGCAAAGCCAAAUGCCUCGUAAUAAAGGCAGCUUAUUAUUCAUACGAGAAUGUAAAAUGCGAGUUUGUUUCGCGAUCUAACUUUAAAAUAAACGCUUUUAUCUCCGCAAAUCCUCUGACAAGCGGAAAGGGAGGGCGCGUUGGAGUGAGAGUGUUGGGGAGAAAGGGCUCCACUAAGAGAGCAAUUUUCAUGUCGAUCGUUUUUAUUCAUACAACCCGAUAAAGUCAUGCUGCAUAAGACACGCGCGCACAUAUAAUAUCGCGUCGCGAUCGCGAAUCGACGUCAACGCUGGCGUCGCUCGCCCGCUCCUACGUUGUUCGCCUUUUUCCCCCGACGUUCCUCCACCACCCGUCAAUUUUCCCUGCGAGAAGAAGGGGAGGGGGAAGGGAGGGGGGAGAGGUUGUUGUCCCAUAACCUGACGAAUUUAUCAUCGCGCACUGCCUGUCGAUAAAAUAUCUAUCGCGGACAUACUCGCGAAGAAUACGAGGGCGAGGAAGGGAAGGCGGGAGGAAGGAUCGUUCGUCGUCGAAUGUCCGGCGGAAACGCGUCGUACGUCGACGCGACGGCACAGCGCGACAAGCUGGAGCCGCCGCGAUCUUUGCAAGGUGUCGAGGAUGCGGAGAUGAUUUGGGACACGAUCGCGAGGCGAUUCCCGAACACGGCGCCGCUGCUCUGCGAGAUGGAGACGGUGAUCGAGCGCGCGGAGGACCUGCUGCAGCAGCUCAGAGCGACGUCCUGCACCCAAGGAGUCGACACGUCCAGCUCGUUUCACACUCCGGAUUCGCGGGAAUCCAACACGACAAUCUCGAUGGUCUCCGACAUAGAAUCGUUCGCCGAGGAAACGAACCCUCCGGAGCAGGUAGCUGAGCAAGCCAUUGAGAAUCUGGAGGAGGCGCGAGUCACGGUGCAAGAUAUUCGCGAAAAGGUAACUGAGCCGGAGUCUCAACGUGGCGAUGAGCAAACCAUUCGGCGGAAGGAGCAGAGGGUAGAGGAAUAUCAUUUGAAUUCACCGGCGAGGCUCGAUGAAGUCGUUCAACAUUUCAAAACGAGUUCGACUAAGUGUCACAGUUCCCAGGGGGAAUCAGACGCAAAUGUAACGGAUAGCGGCGACAAACGGAUCGACGUCAGUUCCGAGGAAAGACUGGCGGAGAUCAUGGCAGAAAAGAGCAGCUUGGAGGGUUGGACGAAAGCGGUUGAUAACGCAUUGCGGGAAUGGCGCGACGAUACGGAGAACAUCGAUGCAUCCGGUGAUAACAAUUCGGAAACUCGGCCAAACGUGGACCGGAAUACGGACGGUCGUUCAUCUUUAACCGACGGUGACGGCGCAUGUGAGAAAAUCACUCACGAAUCUUACGGACCUAACGAUAUAAAAGUUAUAAAAAGCGAAUUACAGGACAGCGUCGCAGAGAGUUUCACGGUAAUCGCGAAUCGUCGCUCGCCGUUGGCCAUUCUCGAGGAAUACGCGAAGCGGUGCAAGGUGUCAAUCAAAUACGAGUACAAGCAGAAGCCGAAUCUAUAUGUGAUCAACGGUGACCUCUGCGGAUUUCGCGCGAUGUCUUGUGCCGCGACCCAAGAUCUGGCCAAGAACGAAUUGGCAGCGAAAAUACUAUGGAUGGUGGCCGAGCGUCAGAUGGAUGGCUCGAAACUCUCGUCGUUCGUCUGCGGAUUGUCGGAUUUUUCGCGAGGGGAGAUGUUAGAGAUAAUAGCGUUUAAUCAGGGCGAGUUGAAGAACGCGUCGCAAAAGAUCUACAAGUUCUGCCUCGAAAGGGGAAAGCCCGCUCCGGAAUACUCGAUUCGCAAUUCCAGGACGAAUCAAGGAUUCGUGUACAUGGCUCAGUGCGCGGCUUUGGGUUACAUUGGAGUUGGACAAGGCUUAAGGAAAGACGGUGCUAAGAUCGCGGCUGCUGAAAACUUAUAUCAAAAAUACAGCGAAGCGGAGCAACAGUUGGUAUGAGGCGAUAUGAGAGAGGAUUCGUUUGCGGCGUUUACCAAAGUGCAAUCUACCUUUUAU